AUGGUUCUUGAGUUCAAUAAAUUUUCAGAUAUAAGUAAUUUAAGAUGCGGUCAAAUGACUUACAGUGCUACUUAUAAUGGAUUGAACCCAUUUCCAUUUUAAGACGUUAUAAAAUUUGACAGCAACUAGAGAUAAUUCAAAAUUUAAACGAAUGAUCCAGGCUACAAUAAUACAGUCCUGACAAUAUUUGUAAAUGCUGAGGUUGAUCUUGCAAUAAAAACACAGCAAUUUUAAGUAAUUCUAAUAUAUUUAUGCCAUGUUGAUUAAUUAAUCCCAUUUCAAGUUAAUGGGCAGAAUUAUUCAAGAAGAGAAUUGAUUGAGUAUAGAAUAGGGAGUGGUAAUUAUGAAAUUGAAUUUGAAGAAUUUGUCAAAAUUGAGAACUGUAUCUAUCCAAUAAUUUACACUAUCGAAAUUUUAGGAUUCAAUAGCAAUCCCUACUUUAUUGAUAGAUCUGGGAUAAAUUAAAGGAAAAUAGUUAUAAAGUUAGAUGAUAAAAAUGAAGGAUUUAAUUCAGAUUAUGUCCUAAGAGUUCAUGGUUCAGUCAAUAACAUAAAUGAUCAAAUAAAAAAUACUCUUACAAUCCCUUUGAAAUUAGUUGCAAUUAAUAACAGUCCUCCAAAAUAUACUUUUUAAUUACAAAACAUCAAGAUGUAACCUGGAGAAAUAAAGGAUUUGAUGUUUCCAGGUCUAAUGGAUAUGGAUGGAGAUGAAUCAUAAUAUAAGACAUUAAUCCUAAUCCAAAGUAGCAAAAAUACACAUUUUAAAUUUAGGUUGAAAAUAUAUUAAGCCCCUAAUCCAAUAAUGGUGCUUAAAAUUAGGAUUAAAACUAGACAAGAAAUUUUAAUUGAUCUUUCAGCUGUAGUUAUUCCAAAUAAAUUUGACCUGUUUGAUUAAAGAAUUCUAGUUUUAAGAAUAAAAGAGCCUUAAUUGGUAUCUGCUAAGGAAUAACAUUAUCUAUCAAUAAGCUUCAAGGGAAAUGGUUUGUUUAGAGAUUAGAAAUGGAAUUAACUCAUUGCAUACAUGUUCGAAACUAAUCGUUUUAUUCCAAGAUAAAUCUUAAAUGACGUAGCUACUAAAGCUCUAUAGUAAGCAGGAAAUACAGUGUCUACUGGAGUUGGUUCAAUCGUAUAUGGGACUUUUGCCAUUAAUCUCUUAUUUAGGGACUACUUCUCUGAUAUUGUUUUGCUUAAUCUUGAAGAUUUUGGCAAAAUAUUUUGUCCUCUUUAAAAUAGUAACUCUAGUGAUUAGUUCGCUUCUGUUUUUGCAAUAUGCUUAUUCGGUGCAAUGAUAUUAUUUCCAAUUACUAUUUGGGCAAUUACAUUUGCUUUUAGAAAUAGAUUGGAUAAUUAAAACAUUAGAGCUAGAAUCGGAGCAUUGUAUAAUGAGAUAAGAGUAACUAAUAAUGACAAGAAUAUAACCAUACUAUAUAAUGUGAUUUACCUUCUAAGGAGACUAUCAUUUUCAUUGGUUGCGGUAACUCUGUAGGAUUACCCAUGCUAAUAGAUUUAGUCAUUCUAAUUAACAAGUAUUUUAAUUCUCAUCUAUGACAUCAGUGUAAAGCCUUUUGAAACAAGAAAAUUAAACUUGAUUGAGAUAUUCAAUGAAAUGACUAUUCUAGUAGUAUCUUAUUUCAUGUAUUUGCUUACAGAUUAUGAAUCAAAUGCUGAGAGAUAAUACCUCAUAGGCUGGUAAUUGAUAGCAAUAGUUACUUUGAAUAUGAUUGGAAAUAUUGCGAUGAUGAUGAUACAGUCAAUUAAAUCACUUAAAAGCAAUUAUAAGGCACUUAAAUUAAAAUUGAUGAAGCUAAAAUAAAGCGUAGCUUCUUAAUUUAAAAGAAUAAAAGUAUAUAAAGAAAACUAAUAGUGUGAAUCAUCAGUGUUUAAUAAUCAUCAUGAGUUUCAGUAAUUAGAAUAGCAUACUUCUUUAACUGAUUUGUCAAUGAUUUAAUCCUAAACUUUGACUAAAUUUGAAGAAAUCAGCCUGGAAACAGAAGAGCCAUUCUUUGCAAGGCACCAAAAGCAGAAAUUUACAUAAGGUCUCUAAAGCUAAAAUGAUGAGGUAAUUCCAAAGUUAUAAAGCUAUCAAAGCAUCAUAAAGUAAUUAUAACGGGAAAGAAACUUUGCUUUAACAAAAAAUUAAGCUCAAAUAUAAGACAUUAAUGACCUUAGCAAUCUUGGUUUGAAUCCAAGCUUCUAAAGCUAAUAAAAAAAUUUCUUUGAAAUGCAGUUUGAUCCAUAAUUAUUAAGAAAUAUUACAAUAAAAAGUAAAACAAAGCUUACCAAACAAUUCCCAAUACAGAUUCCUAAGAAUUUUUAGUUAGAUAAUCAAGGAAUAUUUAAAGAUGAAUUAGAAUUGGAGAGAAAUUAAUAGCAAGAUUACUAAUCUACACCUUUUUAGUCUUCUAUAGAUUCUGAUCAGGCUUAAGAUAUUAUUAAGAAUAUCAUCGAAAGAAAAGGACUGAAACUUUAAUCCAUGUUUGGAAAUAAAAGGCAUAUAAAUGAUAUUUAACAAGUGAUGCCACCAAAAUAAUAAUAAUCAGUUUAACCAAAUUUAACUACCUAUAAUAAUUCAACUAAUAUCUCACCAAAUAUAUUCAAUAAAAUAGAAAAGAAGAAAUCAGAUAUUUGGGAUUAAAAUACGCUCAAUCAUGAUAAUCAAUCUGGAAAAAGACAUCAAUUAAAAAAUAAUGUUGUCAGCGAUAGUGUUGAAGAAAUUAUUUAAGAUGAUAUUUGGGAAAAUUGA